AUGCCACUGCUGAAGUCAGAGAAAGAGGAGAUGAAGCAGCUGGAUAAAGCCAUGUCGCUCCAAUCCUUGCUUGGACUGCAAGAUCUCUUCUCGUUGAAUGUGUGGAGAGCCGCCGUAGCAGAGCUCGUCGGCACGGCGGCGUUCGUGUUCUGCAUCGACGUCAUCGUGAUCUCAACCCUGGAAUCACAGACCACCAUGCCAAACCUCGUACUCUCAGUACUCGUCGCCUUCAUCAUCCCGAUCCUCCUGAUCGCCACGUUCCCGAUCUCCGGCGGCCACAUCAACCCGCUCGUCACAUUCGCCGCCUUCCUCGUGGGCCUGACCUCCCUCUCCAAGGCCCUGAUCUACAUCCUGGCCCAAUGCCUCGGCGGCAUCCUGGGGGCCCUGGCCCUCAAGGCCGUGGUCAACGGCGGGAUCGAGAAGACGUUCUCGCUGGGAGGCUGCACCGUCAAUGUAGUCACGCCGGGGCCCAAUGGGCCGAUAACAACUGGGCUUGGAACCAGCCAGGCCCUUUGGCUGGAGAUAAUUUGUGGGUUUAUUUUCUUGUUUGCUUCGGUUUGGAUGGCGUUUGAUGGGCGGCAGGUUAGGGCCUUGGGCCGGGUGACGGUGUGUGUGAUUAUCGGGGUGGUUUUGGGGGUUCUGGUUUUUGCUUCGACGACGGUGACGGCGACGAAAGGGUACGCCGGAGCUGGGUUUAAUCCGGCGAGGUGUUUGGGCCCGGCGAUUGUUAGAGGCGGGCAUCUUUGGGAUGGGCACUGGGUGUUCUGGAUUGGGCCUGCUGUUGCUGCUGUGGCGUUUGCUUUGUACGUCAAAAUUAUUCCCCGGGAGCAUUUCCAUGAAAUAGAGUGA